CUACAGAUUAACGCGUAAACUCGUGCAUGAGUGUAUGGCUCACAGUUAUUCCAUACCGUGUGGGUUCUUUAUGAAUUUUAAAGGGGUUUUAAAGCCACCAGACUGAAUUCUUUUGACACAAUCUGCUCGAUAGUUAACGUUUUUCAUCUGUCAUAAAGAGAUUAACGAAUAAUCCUUUCGAGAUGUCGGACGCAAAAUGCCGGGCCUGCGGGUCAACCGAAAUCGAAACCGAUCCAGCAAGAGGAGAUGCAGUAUGUACCAAUUGUGGUGUUGUUUUGGAAGAUCAAUUAAUCGUCAACGAAACAACUUUCGAGGAAACAUCAUCAGGGGGGAUGGCACUUCUAGGGCAUUUUGUAUCCAGUGACAGUACCGGAGGUCCCACCCACUUUGGCGGAACUUUUCAGUCAAAUGGCAAGGAAUCGAGAGAAAUCACUACUGCGAAUGCGAAACGCGGAAUCUCUCUCUUGUGUCAUCAAUUGGAUUUGACUACAAGUAUGAUCGACAUGGCUGUGAAUUUUUAUAGAAUGGCUCUGCAUAAAAAUUUAACCAGAGGCAGAAAACAGCAACUUAAUCACGCUGCUUGCGUUUAUAUAACUUGCCGAAUGCAAAAAACAUCACACAUGCUGAUCGACAUUAGCGACGUUUUGCAAAUCUGCGUCCAUGAAUUGGGACGGACUUACCUGAAGUUUGCUCAAGCACUCUGUAUCCAACUGCCUACAAUCGAUCCGUGUAUAUACGUAAUGAGAUUCGUAGGAAAGCUCGAAUUUGGAAAAAAGUCUAUCGAAGUGGAAACAACAGCAAACAGAUUGCUUGCCAGAAUGAAAAGAGAUAGUAUUCAUAGUGGCCGAAGACCUUCUGGAGUUAUUGGUGCAGCUCUUUUGAUAGCAGCAAGAUUGCAUGACUUCAAUCGAUCUCCAGCAGAUAUUGUAAAAAUUGUCAAAGUUCACGAAUCUACUUUACGUAAAAGGUUAAUAGAAUUCGGAGAAACUCCAUCUAGUGCUCUGACUUUGGAAGAAUUCAUGCAUGUUGACCUAGAAGAAGAACAAGAUCCACCUUCUUUUAAAAUGGCGCGGAAAAAGGAUAAAGAACGGUUGAAAAAAUUGGAAAACGUUGAACAAGAAUUGGACGAACUUCAAAAGGCCAUUAUGAAGCAAUUGGAGAAGAGACCCACGAAAACUAUGCGACAUAUCUUCGCUGAAGAGACCGACGCCGACAAAUUUAUUAGAGAAAGCAAUAUUAACAUAAUCCAGGAUUGUCUAUCGGAAAAUCCUGACGACGCUUAUAAUCGAGAUGCGGAAGAACCUGUUGUUGAACUAGGUCCGGAUAUUGCAUCUAUGGGAUUGUCGACCUCUUUUUAUGGAAAGGAAAAUGCCACCAAAGAGAAGCGUUCUCUGCCGUUUGAAAAUAUAUCGGGAGAACUCGAUUUAACAGGUCUGGAUGAUGAAGAGCUCGAUUCAUAUAUUAUGUCCGAAAAAGAAUCGCUAGGUAAAGUUACUCUGUGGAAUGACGUCAAUGCUCAAUACUUAAAGGAGCAACAAGAAAAGGAAGAGAAACGACUAAGAGAACUGGAGGAAGGAAAGCCGGAAAAAAAGAGAAGAAGAACGAACAGAAAAAAGAACAAUCAAACGCCUGCAAAUAGUGCAGGUGAAGCAAUUGAGAAGAUGUUACAGGAGAAGCGUAUAUCAAAUAAGAUUAAUUACGAAGUCUUAAAGAGCUUGGAUGUAGGAUUGAAUCAUUCGAAUCCACCAGCUCCUGAUUCUGUUUCGUCUCCUGUUCCUGCUCCUGAAUCGCCGUUCCUUUCGCCAGUGAAGAUGGAGAGGUUUAGUUAUCCCUCUUCCCCUGCAAAGCCGAAAUCAAGAUUCGAAAGACUGAACAUAGGUGCAACGCCGAAAUUCCAAGUUCUAAGAGAGGACGUUUUGAGAAAUAGGAAGAAAUCAAAUGUGGAUUCAGGACCUAGUGAACCUGCAGUAGAACCAAUGGAAUCUGACAAUGCUGCAGAUAUUGUCGAUGAUGCGGAUGACUACGACGAUGAGGAAGAGGAGCCGGAACCAGCAGAAGUGGGAAUAAAGGACUUGCUCGGAGGUAACAAUGACGAAGAUGAUUUCGACGAUUAUGAUGAAGAGGAAUAUUAAGCUAUUUGUUAAACAACUAUUUAUAUUUAUUUUGCACUGGUCGUUAUGCGAGAAAGAGAGAGUGAAUAUUUUACGAAAGUGAGGAAUGAUUGUUACACGUGUCGCGAUAAGACAGGCACUUUGUAGAGUUUACUUUUUGAUUAUUUUUACAUUGUUUACAGACUUCACUUACGUAAUGCGUCUACAUUUAACCACAAUCACUACAUAAUUCAUCAACUUUAAUCGCUCUCUUUUUCUCCUCAGUUAUUAUGUGAAAAAUGAAAUUUAACCUGGCGUUACUCAAUUAUUGAUAUGAAUCAAUGUAGAUUUUUACAAAUGUACGAAAUUAGCGAAAUUUUAGAAUGAAUAUAAUCAGAGAUGAAUCACUGAGUGAUUCAUCAAUUUGGUAAAUGCAAAUGCAAUUGAGAACACUUGCUUUAUUUAAGUGAUUUAUUGAGAAUUUUUCAUUUAAUCAUUAACCUUUCCAAAUUCUUUUCUAAUCGAAGAACUAAACCUUCUAUUAAAAUACUUAGGGAAACGAAUACAAAUGGACAAAAGGAUAUAUAGAGCCAUGUAGAGCCAUAUAGAAUUUAUAAAUGUUCUAUACGGCUCUAUAUGAUUCUAUAUAUCCUUUUGUCCAUUUAUACAGGUUUCUAUAAGACAUUUAAUGGAGGGAAGAAAGGAAAGAAUCACCACUGAGUGAAAAGUUAAUUGCGUGAAUGAAAAACCACAGUAUUUAAGAUACGGGAAAUGGUCGGUAUGAACAGCUAAGCAUAAUUUUAAGGAAUCAUAUUUAGGUUGUAAAAAUGUUGUGAUAAUCUAAAUCGUAUAGAACUGUAAGCCCAAGCGAUGAAAGACUGAUCAUACAAUUCUCACAACAUGAAACGGUGAAAUUAUACUUUUCCCGAAAGAAUUAAAAAAAAAGAAUUUUGUAGCGCUUGUGAGCUUUGGGAUACAUUGAUAAACAUCACAAAAUAAUGCCAUUGUCUUUUUGCGAUAAACUGAUCAAUUUUAGAUUAAAUUAUACAUCAUAUAUCCCAAAGUUUGUCCAUGAAAUUGCCUGUGCAGAAUACACUGUGUACUAAAGCAUUUAAAGAAAAUGUGAAAUUAGAAUUUAUAAGAAUCCUCGGAAUUGUGUUUAAUGUUUUUAAAUUCAAUUAUUAUUUAUUGGAUUGUAUCGAUUUCUUUUAUUUCAAUAGUUUUGCUUGAUCAAACAGUUUUGUCAAUGGUUUUCUUCAAAAACAAAGUCGCUUGAUUGACAAAAAAAUGGUGUGAUAUGUUGAGUGCCCGUAGAAUUAUUUUGGAUGAACGGAUUGCGUAUAAUUUAUUAUUGUAAUUUCUUUCUCUGUGCAUUGAUGAAGAAUUGUUUGUUACUCCUACUAUUAUCAAUAUUAUGUUCUGCUGUAAUUAUAUAAUAUAAACCUUCUAAUUUAUUCU